CUCUGCGUAUCAGUUAGAAGUGAAAGUGAAAGUCAGCAGGUUGUUUUAGUGAAGAGUAAAAACAUGAAGUUCUUUGUGGAAUAAAAUCACAGAUCAAGCUAAGUUCCUACUGAAGGAAAUCUGACUUUUCUUUGUCAGGGAAAUGUGAGAAAAUCAGAACCUCUAAAAUGAGUCUUCAGGAAGAUCAGGGAAUGAUGAAAAGUGGAACUGAAAAAAGGCCCAAUUCUCCUGUACCCAGCUGUGUGUCCUUUAAGAGUGACCAGUCAAAGCCGCUAUCUAUUGACUUUAAAGAUGGAACAGUCUCUGAAAAAAGUGGAACUGAGAGAAGGCCUAAUUCUCCUGUACCCAGCUGUGUGUCCUUUAAGAGUGACCAGUCAAAGCCACUAUCUAUCGACUUUAAAGAUGGAACAAUCUCUCAGAAAAGUAGAACUGAGAAAAGGCCCAAUUCUCCUGUACCCAGCUGUGUGUCCUUUAAGAGUGACCAGUCAAAGCCACUAUCUAUCGACUUUAAAGAUGGAACAGUCUCUAAAAAAAGAACCUCAAAAAAAAGAUCAAAAAAGAAGAAGAAAUUCCAUAUAAAUAAAAUGGAGUCCAUAUUCAAGGAGCUGGAGCACAAAUUCAUCACUGUAUUGAAGAAGGAGCUGAACAGAUUCAAGAAGCUACUUAGUGCUGAUAACCCAGCAUGCUCUGAGAGGGGGGAGGAGGAGGUGGAGGAAGAGGAUCUGCACUGUGUUAGAGAGGGUGUGCUGAAGAUCACACUGUACAUCCUGAAGAACAUGGAGCAGAAAGAUCUCGCUCACACACUGCAGAUCAAGAUGGCCUCUGUGUAUCAGAGAAAGCUCAAAUCUGGACUUCUAAAUAAAUGUAAAAGAAUUAAUGAAGGAAUCUCACAGCAUGGGACAUCUACACUUCUGAAUCAGAUCUACACAGAGCUCUACAUCACAGAGAGUCGGAGUGGAGACGUCAAUAAUGAACAUGAGGUGAGACAGAUUGAGACAGUGUCCAGGAGACCAGCCACAGAGGAGACACCCAUCAAAUGUAAUGAGCUCUUUAAAGACAAGUCCAUCAGAAGUGUACUGACUAAAGGAGUAGCUGGAAUUGGAAAAACAGUCUCUGUGCAGAAGUUCAUUCUGGACUGGACUGAAGGAAAAGCAAAUCAGAACAUCAUCUUCCUGUUUCCACUUCCCUUUAGAGAGCUGAAUUUGGUGAAGCAGGAAAACUUCACUCUGAUGAGCCUUAUUCAUCAGUUUUUCCCAGAAAUUAAGGACCUGGAAGUAAUAGACAGUAAUGACUACAAAGUCCUGUUCAUCUUUGAUGGUCUGGAUGAGUGUCGACUUCCUCUAAAUUUCCAGAACAAUGAGAUGUUGAGUGAUGUGACAGAGUCAGCCUCACUGGAUGUUCUGCUAACAAACCUCAUCAAGGGGAAUCUGCUUCCCUCUGCUCUCCUCUGGAUAACCACUCGACCAGGAGCAGCCAGUCAGAUCCCUCCUGAGUGUGUAGACCAGGUAACGGAGGUACGAGGGUUCAGUGAUCCUCAGAAAGAGGAGUACUUCAGGAAGAGGCUCAGUGAUGAGAUCCUGGCGAAUAAAAUCAUCACACACAUGAAGUCUUCAAGAAGCCUCUACAUCAUGUGCCACAUCCCAGUCUUCUGCUGGAUCUCAGCUACUGUUCUAGAGAGAAUGUUGGGUGAAGCAGAGAGUGGAGAGAUCCCCAAGACUCUGACUCAAAUGUUCACACACUUCCUGAUCUUUCAGAUCAAACACAAGGAGCAAAAGUACAGUCAGAAAUAUGACCCUGAUCCACAGAAGAUCAGAGAGAGUAUCCUGGCUUUGGGAAAACUGGCUUUCCAACAGCUGGAUAAAGGAAACCUGAUGUUCUAUGAGGAAGACCUGAGAGAUUGUGGAAUUGAUGUCAGAGAAGUGGCAGUGUACUCAGGAGUGUGUACCCAAAUCUUCAGAGCAGAGUCUGGACUCCACCUGGGGAAGAUCUUCAGCUUUGUACAUCUGAGUGUUCAGGAGUUUUUGGCUGCAUUAUAUGCGUUUCUCUGCUUCAAUGAUAAAAAACAAACAAAAGAACAAACCACUGAUCUGUCUGGUCUUUUCACCACAUCAGAAAUGUCCGACUUCCUCAAGGGUGCAGUGGACCAGGCCUUACAGAGUGACAAUGGACACUUAGAUCUUUUCCUCCGCUUCCUUCUGGGCCUCUCAGUGGAGUCUAAUCAGAAGCUCAUUCGAGGUCUACUGACACACACAGGAAGCAGCUCUGACUGCCGAAAGGACAUAGUUAAAUACAUCAAGUUAAAAUUUGAUCAAAAUCCAUCUCCAGAGAGAUCAAUCAAUCUGUUCUACUGUCUGAACGAGUUAAAUGAUGAUUCACUGGUGAAAGAGAUCCAAAGCUACACAAACUCAGGUCGUCUCUCUGAAGCUGAAGUCUCACCUGCUCAGUGGUCUGCUCUGGUCUUUGUGUUGCUGACCUCAGAGGAGGAUCUGGAAGUGUUUGACCUACAGAAGUUUAUAAGAUCAGAUGAAUGCUUUAAGAGACUGUUACCAGUCGUCCAGCAAGCUACAACAGUUCUUCUCAGUGAGUGUAACCUGACAGAGAGAAGCUGCUCGGCUUUACACACAGUUCUCAGCUCAGAAUCCUCCAAGCUGACUGAGGUGGAUCUGAGCAGUAAUCCUCUGGAGGACUCAGGAGUGAAGCUGCUUUGUGCUGGACUGAAGAGUCCAAACUGUAAACUGGAGAAACUCAGGUCAGUUCAUCUCUCCUAUGAAACUAAACUUUCAGACUGCAGUAUAACAGAGGAAGGAUACACUGCUCUGGCUGAAGCUCUGAAAUCAUCUCACCUGAUAGAGCUGGAUCUCAGAGGGAACGACCCUGGAGCAUCAGGAGUGAAGCUGCUCACUGAUUUACUACAGGAUCCAGACUGUACACUGAACACACUGAGGUUGUGGAAAAGUCCUGAUGCAGAGGAAGCCUACACUGAAAUGUUCAGUAAAAACCCCUUACUGCACACGGAGCUGGAUCUGAACAACAAAACACCUGAAGACGUCAAAGUGAAGCAGCUUUCAGCUCUGCUGCAGGAUCCACAUUACAGACUGCAGAAACUUAGGUUGUAUAAAGGAGACAGUAUGACAGAAGAUGACUGUUCACAUGUGAUUUCUGCUCUGGUUUUAAACCCUUCACACCUGAGAGAUCUGAAUCUGAACAGGAAUAAACCAGGAGAGUCUGGACUGAGAAAUCUGUGUGAUUUCCUGAAGAAUCCUAAAUGUAAACUCCAGACACUAAACUCUAUCUCCCUCUGCAGACUAUGGAGGAGUGUAAGAGGGAAAUCCUGUGCUGAUUUGUCUUCAGCUCUCUGUACAAAUCCAUCACACAUCAGAGAGCUGGAUCUGAGUGAGUGUGAACUGGGAGACUCAGGAGUGAAGAAGCUCUGUGAUCUACUGAAGAAACACGAGUGUAAACUGGAGAAACUGCUACUAUGGAGGAGUGUAAGAGGGAAAUCCUGUGCUGAUUUGUCUUCAGCUCUCUGUACAAAUCCAUCACACAUCAGAGAGCUGGAUCUGAGAUGGUGUGAACUGGGAGACUCAGGAGUGGAGAAGCUCUGUGAUCUACUGAAGAAACACGAGUGUAAACUGGAGAAACUGCGACUAUGGAGGAGUGUAAGAGGGAAAUCCUGUGCUGAUUUGUCUUCAGCUCUCUGUACAAAUCCAUCACACAUCAGAGAGCUGGAUCUGAGAGAGUGUGAACUGGGAGACUCAGGAGUGAAGAAGCUCUGUGAUCUACUGAAGAAACACGAGUGUAAACUGGAGAAACUGCGACUAUGGGACAGUGUAAGAGGGAAAUCCUGUGCUGAUUUGUCUUCAGCUCUCUGUACAAAUCCAUCACACAUCAGAGAGCUGGAUCUGAGUUAUUGUGAACUGGGAGACUCAGGAGUGAAGAAGCUCUGUGAUCUACUGAAGAAACACGAGUGUAAACUGGAGAAACUGCUGUUAAUAAACUGCAGAAUAACAGAUAGAGGCUGUGCUGCUCUGACUGAGGCUCUGAAGAUAAACUCCUCACAUCUGAAAGAGCUGAAUCUGAGCUGGAAUAAACUGGGAAAUUCAGUCAGUGAUCUGGAGGAGAUACUGAAUCGUUCAGGAGGAGAGCUAAUCUUAGAUUCUUUUGUACAUCAGUGAGCAGCUUCACUCCUGAUGCUCCAGGGUCGUUCCCUCUGAGAUCCAGCUCUAUCAGGUGAGAUGAUUUCAGAGCUUCAGCCAGAGCAGUGUAUCCUUCCUCUGUUAUACUGCAGUCUAAACAAAAUAG